CGCGAGCCGGAUUGUCGGUUUCUCGGAAGAAAGACGCUACAUUGCUAUAGCCCCCUUCUCUGGUGAUUUCGAUAUUCCAGUCCUACCAUGAAUCUACAACAGAUAGCUGCGGAGGGUGUGGCCUUUGAGAUUAUUCCAGCGGGACCUCGUCCGUUACAUAAAGCUUUCUCGAUUGAAAACGGAGGGUGUCAUACAGUAGGGUUCUGCAACUUCAUCCCCACUGAAGCUGAUCAGCAUGGAUGGGGAAGGCGCGCACUGCAAGUUUAUAGAUCAAUCCCGUUGGCACCACCCCGGGACGGGUGGACACGACUACAGGCGGAAGAUAUGCCACCAGGGCGUCAGCACCGAGCAUGGGAGAGCUUAACGGAUCCCAUUAAGCGAAUUUCCCAUGACCUGGCCCAGUCCCGGCCCGACUUGUUAGCUAUACUAGCGUUGGUUUACAGUUUCCGAGUCACGCCGGGGAGCCUUGAUAAAGCCAUAACGAGGUUUAACUUACAGGUGAACAAAGGUACAGCGGAUGAGACGCAAGAGGGAAACAGUGUCGGAGAACCUUCAAAACCACGCAAACGGAAAAGGAAUCCUGAAGCACAUCUAAUCGGGGCCUGGACUGCGAUACUAGCAAACAAGAAGUGGACUGCAGAUUUUCGAAAGGCGCUAGAAGACAACGAAUAUGCAAGAACCGUCCCUACAAUUAGCGACCCACGCGGGUACCAAUUACAGGAAAGAAUGUUGGCCAGUGUCAAUGACUACAUAUUCUACUUGUUCGAAAGUCAAAAAUGGAAAUUCAACUCAACCGAGAUGCUAGACCCGGCUGGUUAUACCUCCGCAGGGACAGGCUGGAAGCAGCUGAGCGACCAGGUCUGGGGUGCAGGGUCCCUAUUCCGCGAGGGCAAUUCAGACGCAGGUAUGAUAAAGCUGGGACAGGCCCAACGGGCGAUCAGCGCUGCCGUGAUGGAUGACAGCCCGCAGUUGAUGUGGCGGCUCUGGCGAAUUUGCCGGUACUUGUACGGGAUAUGUGUGUCCACCAAAGACGACGCUCAUUUGAAGGCCCGCUUCUUGGUUUAUCUGCGCGAUGUCCGUGCUGCCACCAAGGGGGACCACGAUCCUGUUUCCAGGGUUUUCGACGCUCUGGCGGAAAUGGAUAUGGACUGUCUUGUAUGGGCCCUUCGUAUCGGGCAUUUGCGGACACUCCAAAGCUUCCAGAACUUCGUUGGCCCUGGUCACCCCGUCGUGCUUUCAAUGUGGGUGUACUACAUGAAGCAGUGGAAUAUUGGAAAUGUAAACCAUGGAAUGAUCACACAGUACUAUCAAAGUGCCUUGGAAACCGCCGAUAGGCUCACGGGCCCAGCCUCCCAUACAGCAAUAUCAAUCCUCCAUGACUACACAUAUUUCAUCUAUUAUACCACCGAUAAAAAGUGCAGCAUGGAGAUAUCGGAUCUGGGUAUGCGGCUCUACAACCGUGCAUUGAGCAAAUUGAGUCAACCUUGCAUCUGGAGCAAUGAAACCCAAUACUUUGCUUUCGCUUCGCAAAUACUGGCUGAGUACUGGUUUCUACAGAAUAAUGAAGAAUUGGGGAGGCCAUACAUUUAUGUAGGAGUGCAACGAUUACAGGGACCCGACAGGGAGUGUCAAAUCCGAGCUGCUAUGCUCCUUGGCCAACUGAGGCGAUGGCUGCUGCGUUGGAAUAGGAUCGGGGAGGCCGAGGAAGUCCGGGAAAGUAUAUCGGCACUGAAGGAGAGCAUGGAUGGUCUGCUCCAGGACGAGAUUCGAGUAUCCUCUUCACAGGACGAGAGCUAGUCCGCUUCUUUCGCCUGGGACUACCACGUCGAAGUCCUAACUUUACCCAUGCCGUGUAUAUGGAGAUUUUAAGUGAUACCUGUUUUGCCAUUACGUUGAAACUAUUGAAGCAAUUCUCCAUUCAUAGAUAUUGAUCCGGAUGGCCCUUCAGUGGUGUACAGAGACGAUCAUUGUUGCUGGGAUCUAAUCAAUCAACUACUAUGGGCCGGAGAGGAAUAUAUCCGUCAUUAGCUAUGAAGGAUGAAAUGACAGUAAAUAGUGUUGGCCAUUCGCCUGUAUUUACUCUGUAC